AACAGGACAUGGACUUGCACACUCAUUUUCUUUUGUCUUGUGGGUUAAGUCUAUACUUUUUCUAUGAUGGAAAAAACACUUUUUCCUUCCUCUUUCUACCUCUUUUAUGUUCUUUUCCUAUCAUUUCUUCUUCUCUCUAUGAUUCCGAUAAGGCCUUUCCUUACAUUCGACUUUAGGAAACCGAGUGGAAUGUUUCAGUAUGAGAGCUAAGAGUUUGAUAAGUAAAAAGCAGAUAAGCCUAAGAUUGAGAAAAAUGAUUAAGUGUAUAUGCUCCGGGGAGCAGUUAAAGGUGGAUGAAUUAGGUUACUCAUCGGAGUCCUUAGCAACCAGAGAUUAUUCAGCAAGUGGUGGCUUUUCUCGUCCUGGUGAAAACGACACAAAGAUUGACAAUACCAACAUUGAAGAAGCAGAGUCUUCUCUUCGUGAAAGUGGUUAUUUAAACUAUGAGGAAGCUAGAGCUUUGCUUGGAAGACUUGAGUAUCAGAAAGGCAAUGUCGAAGCUGCACUUCAUGUGUUUGAAGGAAUAGAUAUUGCUACUGUCGUUCCCAAGAUUAAAGUUUCUAUAUCUAGAAGAUGUGAGCCUAAUAGACGCCGUUCUCAAAGUGAUGCUCAGCCUCCUAUGUCAAUGCAUGCUGUUACUUUAAUUCUUGAAGCUGUCUUUCUCAAGGCCAAAUCGUUGCAGGCUCUAGGAAGGUUUCAAGAUGCUGCCCAGUCAUGCAAGACGAUUUUAGACACUGUUGAAUCAGCUUUACCAGAAGGUUGGCCUGAAAACUUAGUUUCGGACUGUAAACUGCAAGAGACAGUGGGAAAUGCUGUGGAACUGCUUCCAGAGUUGUGGAAGCUUGCAGGCUCUCCUCAAGACGUUAUCUCAUCGUUUAGGAGGGCCCUUCUUUAUCAUUGGAAUCUUGGCAUUAAAGCCAGCACAAGAAUACAAAAGGAAUUUGCUUUUUUUCUUCUGUAUAGUGGUUGUGAAGCUAGCCCUCCUGCUCUCCGCUCUCAGUUGGAUGGUUCCUUUGUGCCAAGAAGCAACUUAGAAGAGGCUGUUCUUCUGCUUCUGAUUUUGCUGAGAAAAUUUGUUCUUGGAUACAUUGAAUGGGACCCUUCGUUAAUUGAUCACCUUUCGUUUGCUCUAAGUGUUUCUGGGGAAUUCAUGACUCUAGCUCAGCAGGUUGAGGAAUUGCUUCCUGAAAACAUGGACAGAAAAGAAAGAUUCUAUACUCUAGCUCUUUGUUACUCUGGAGAAGGUGAACAUACGACUGCUUUGGAUCUUCUAAGGAACUCUCUGAAUCACAGAGAGAACUCAGACUGCAUAAAGGAGCUACUUCUAGCUUCAAAAGUUUGUGCAGACAAGAAGAUUUACACUGAAGAAGGAAUCAGAUAUUCUUUCAAAGCCAUUUCUCAGCUGAAUGGAAAGUGCAUGCAGAUGGCAGCUAUUGCAAAUUGCUUUCUAGGCGUUCUACUGUCAUCAAAAUCCAGAUCAGCCGCUUCUGAAUCAGAGAAGAUAUUUUUGCAGUCCGAAGCACUCAGUGCUCUAAAGGAUUCGGAGAGAACGAUGAGGGAGAGCGAUCCUUACAUUGUCCUUCAUCUUUGUCUAGAAUAUGCUGAACAGAGGAAGUUGAGCACUGCUAUUGAUCAUGCAAAGAAACUGAUUAAGCUUGAGGGUGGAUCUAGUGUCAGUGCAUAUAUUCUUUUAGCGCGGAUUUUAUCUGCUCAACGAAAGUUUGAAGAUGCAGAGCUGGUUAUCGAUGCAGCUCUAGAUCAAAGUGGGAAAUGGGAUCAAGGAGAAUUGUUGAGAACUAAAGCUAAACUAAGGAUUGCACAGGGAAAAUUAAAGAAUGCGGUGGAGACAUAUACUUUUCUUCUUGCUGUUCUUCAGGUCCAAAAUAAAAGUUUAGGCACGGCAAGUAAGAAGAGUAAGGGAAACCGUGACAGAAGACUGGAAAUGGAAAUAUGGCAUGAUUUAGCCAAUGUGUAUAUGGCCUUAUCACAGUGGCAGGAUGCUGAAGUUUGUCUGGCAAAAUCUGAGGCUAUUAAUCCCUAUUCUGCUUCUAGAUGGCACACAAAGGGUUUACUCUUUGAAGCCAGAGGUCUUCAUCCAGAGGCUCUGAAAUCAUUUAGGAAAGCAUUAGAUAUUGAUCCCAACCAUGUUCCAAGUUUGAUAUCUACAGCUUGUGUACUCAGACAACUUGGUGGUCAAUCAUCUUCAAUAGUCAGAAGCCUACUCACUGAUGCGUUGCGCCUUGACAGAACAAACCCAUCUGCUUGGUACAAUCUUGGACUGUUCUACAGAGAUGAUCUGGGGACAUCGGCAAUGGAAGCCGUUGAAUGCUUUGAAGCUGCAGCUUUUCUUGAAGAAUCUUCUCCCAUCGAACCCUUUAGAUAGCACUUCCACACUUAUUUUGUUGACAAAAUAUCAUACUGAGCUACUAGUUUGUUUGUAAAGGUCAGCAGCAAUUUUUUACUUCUUGAUAGCUGAAAUAUGAGAAAAAACACAGGUUAGCUAUGUGAUGUAAUUAAUAAUUUAUUCUCUUCUUAUGCUGGUUGAAAGAUGAAUAGAGAUCGCGCACCAUUUGUAUGCA